UCCUUGGACAGGAGAUAAAGAUGCCCUCUCUGUCACCUACAAUGACAGCUGGUACCAUUGUGAAGUGGUUGAAGAAGGAGGGAGAUACGAUUGCACCGGGUGAUGUUCUGUGCGAGAUACAAACUGACAAAGCUGUCAUGGCGUUUGAAACUGAGGAGGAGGGAAUUCUUGCUAAAAUUAUGGUGCCUUCCGGCGAAGGAGAGGUGCAGGUCGGUACCCUGAUAGCCCUUAUGGUAGCAGAGGGGGAAGACUGGAAAACGGCUGAGGUUCCCAGUGGUGGGGCGGGCAGUGGAGAAGCCUCCUCCCCAGCCCCCUCUUCUGUAGCUGCAGCUCCGUCUGGUGGCAGUGUCCCUGGUACAAGCGUGAUGAUGCCAGCCCUAUCUCCUACAAUGUCGGAGGGCGAAAUUGUCUCUUGGCUGAAGAAGGAAGGUGAAAAGCUGUCUCCCGGUGAUGUGCUCUGCGAGAUCCAGACGGACAAAGCUGUCAUGUCCAUGGAAGUUGACGAUGAGGGAGUUCUCGCCAAAAUAUUGGUACCAGCUCAAACAAAAGCCCAAGUGGGACAGUUGAUAGCUCUAGUGGUGGCUGAAGGAGAGGACUGGACAGAUGUGCAGAUUCCUGCUAUGGGUGGGGCCCAGGGGGAAACACCCAGUGUGGGUUCAGCCCCCACUCCUCCAAGUCCCACUGUGGGAUCGCCAGCUCCCGCCGUUGCUCAUCAGUUGCAUGGUUUAUUUGGCCCAGCAGUGAGAGCCCUCCUAGAACAAUACCAUCUGACCGGCAAGGAGAUUGAAGCCACUGGAAAAAAUAGUCGCAUACUAAAAGCAGACGUCUUGAAAUACAUCACCGACAAAAACCUCCAACCUAAACCACCUGUGCAGGUGCCGCUCCCUGGAGGUAGCACAUCUACAUCCACCUCUACUUCCACCUCCUCCUCGACAUCACAACCUACCGUUCUAGGUAGGAAAAAGACCGGUUACACAGACGUUGAAAUAACGUCGAUGCGUUUAACGAUCGCGAAACGGUUGACGCAAUCGAAGAGUGAAAUCCCGCACGCCUAUUCCACACUGCAGGCCGAGAUCGACUCGUUGUUGACGUUGCGUAAACAGUUGAAAAACGUUGGCGUCAACGUCUCCGUCAACGAUUUCGUUGUGAAAGCCGUUGCACGCUCGUUGAAACAGUGUCCGUUCGUUAACAAGUUGUACGUUAACGACCAGAUUACAUCUUAUAAUGGGGUUGAUAUUUCGGUGGCCGUUGCAACGCCCAACGGGUUGAUAACUCCGAUAUUGAAGUCGGCGGAUAUGAAAACGGUUGAUCAGAUUUCGGAGGAGAUUCGGGAGUUGGCCGGUAGAGCGCGUGAGGGUAAACUACAGUUACACGAAUUUCAAGGGGGCAGUUUCACGAUUUCGAAUCUAGGUAUGUUUGGGAUCACUGAGUUUAGCGCUAUCAUAAAUCCGCCCCAAAUUGCGAUAUUAGCGGUGGGUGGGGGACAACCCUAUGUAAAGCUUGAUGGUAGAGCGGCAACGGUGAUGUCGGCAACACUGUCUUAUGACGCGAGAGCAUUGUCUGAAGGCGACGUUGCCGCUUUUAUGGAGGUUCUGCAAGGUUAUCUGGAGAAUCCGGCCUCGCUUUUAGCGUCUGAUAGUGCCUCACAUGUGGUCAAGACUAAGGUUUCCGCUGAAGCGUAUGUUUGAACAAUGGUUCAUCGAUAUUUUUGUAAAUUAUUGUUCAAGUAUGAUGAGAUUUUAUAACUAAGUUUGCUCCUGGAACGUAUCAUUGAAAGGUGUCUUAAAUAAUUGUGGUAUAAUAAUCUUCCAAAUUGUUGAUGUAAAGAUGAAGAUAUUAUACCUAAGGUGACACUUGAACGGUGUAUAUAAUGGUGGAAUCUAGUAAAUUCUUCUUGAAUUAUGCAUUUGGAAGUGCUACAUUGUAAAUAGCAAUAAUUACCUCAGUAGUGUGAGAGAUGAGGCUAAAUUAAUUAGGAUGGAAUUAUUUCCAGUUGCACUAAAUAUAUUGAAAUCUUUAUUUUUGUCCCUUUAAUAGAGUAGGACUAAAUAUAAUUUGGUCUAAUUAUUUUGAAUGAUAUUCAGACUUGAUUCAAUUUCAUUAUUUAAUUACAAUAAAAUUGUAGAAUUUAAACUGAUUUGUAAUAUUUUAUUUAUUAUUUAUUGUUAUUUACAAUAAAAUUGUAAAGUUUCAACCGUUUCACCUUUUUGAAUAAAUAAUUUUUUUUGAAAGUAAUAUUAUAUUAAUUAUCGUUUCUACAGUUUUGAAGUUUAUUAUAAAUAUGUUAUAAAGCUUUAAAUAUUUUACAAGUAUAAAUUAUUGGUUGUAAUUAUCUUGAAAAACGAAUCGUUCUUCUAUUUUUGGGAAUCCUAACAGAUAUGGAGAAAAAUAUAAAUGGUAAGCUAGUAAUUAUGUACAUGAGAUCAUGGUCUUACGCUUGGGGUGGAAAAUUAAGGAUGAGCUUUGUUUUUGUUUCAAUAAUGUUGAUACAUUGUUCCAAUCUUUCACAAAAUUUGGUUAUUUUUAAAAGUUUGCAUCACCAAUUUGAUAGUUUUCAAGACGUUGAACUUUAUUUUAAAUGAAUUGUUUAAGCUCGUUUCUUUUAAUAACCGGAGGUGUUGUUGAGUUGAAACAUUUUUAUUCAGUUGUAUAUUUUUUUCAAUUAACUUUAUCUUCUUUUCAUAUGACUUUAGCAUUCCUGGUAGUGAUUUACUCGCCAAUUCCAACGUACAAUAAUAUUUUCUUUUACGUACAAAUUUAUUCGUGUUUGUUUGCUAGUCUGUUUUUUAGAAGAUUGAAGAGUUUGUAGCUGUCAAAAUGGGUUAUAUUUUCUUUUUUACAAAGCUUUAUGUGUCCUUAUUGGUUCAAAACUAAUUGUAUAGCUUUAUGUUCAUGUUAUGUAGCUGGAAUGUAGUGUUGACUAUAUUUGUAUUCUAUUGUUACCUGAACAACAUUGUAUCUAUCAGGGUUCAGCCUGUGAAUGUUUUUAUAAUUUUGAUCUUGACAUUGUUAGCGAAUUGUUUUAAAUAUAUAUUUUCGUACAAUUCAGCAAA